AUGACACCCACCAACGCAGCUGCCUGGCUUUCCGAAGAAAAGAAGCAUCCCUUUGAAAUAAAGGAAUCACCGCUCGGCAAGCCAGAGGGCAACGAAAUCCUAAUCCGCAACCAUGCUGUCGCCGUCAACCCAAUCGAUGGAUUGAUCCAAACGAAGGCCUUCUUCCCCCUAAACUACCCGACCAUUCUUGGUCAGGAUGUAGCCGGCGAGGUGAUUUCCAUUGGCGACAAUGUAACUCGAUUCAAACUCGGGGAUCACGUCCUAGGCCAUGCCGUCGGGCUCAUGGCCGGACGCAAGGAGGCCUGCGGUUUCCAGACAUACACUAUCCUACAAGACAACCUCGCCUGUGAGAUACCAGAACACAUCACUUACGACCAAGCCGUUGUUCUACCUCUCUGCCUCUCCACCGCCGCGUCUGGAAUGUUCCAAGAGGACUUCCUCCAUCUAAACCUCCCCACCGAACCACGCGCCGCGUCCACCGGACAGACACUACUAGUCUGGGGCGGUGCAUCCAGCGUCGGCAGCAAUGCCGUCCAACUGGCUGUUGCUGCAGGUUACGAGGUAAUCACCACCGCAUCGCCGAAGAACUUUGACUACGUUCGACGGCUCGGGGCUAGUCUUGUCUUCGAUUACAGUAGUCCAACUGUCACCGAGGACAUUGUGCAAGCAACUAAGGACAAGGUUCUGGCCGGCGCAAUUGACUGUAUUGGGUCUGCUGCGACGGCAGCGUGCGUCGAUAUUCUGCGCAGAUCACAAGGGAAGAAGUUUGUCGCUACUGUCAAGGGCGGGUUUGCGCCGCCUACGGAUGGGAUUCAGGUGAAGCAUAUCUUCGGGACUACGCUCAAGGACAAUUUCGUCGGCAAAGCCGUGUACGAGGAGUUUCUCCCGCGCGCCCUGCAGUCGGGAGCUUUUAUGCCCUCUCCUGAACCUCUGGUUGUGGGGACGGGUCUGGAAAAUAUGCAGGAGGCGGUGGAUUUGUAUUGGAAGGGGGGGAUCUCUGCGAAGAAGUUGGUUGUUCUGCUAUAG